CAUGCUGAAGACAUUCCUGUCUUGUGAAGCAAGACUGUUUGUAUUUUAGGUUUGCCAGGACUAAUGAAUUAAAACAUUUGGACUCGCCACAACUCGCUGUUUAUCAAUGCCUCUGACAGGAGGAGGGUUUUCUUUUGCUCUUGCUUUUUCUAGAAGCAUGACAACAUCCUGGCUGUUGGAGAGGCAAGGAAAGGAGAGAGGGGUUGUGGAGGGAAGAGGAACAGGGAGGCCCCGUGGGACGCUGGGGUCUGGGGGAGAGCAGGUAGCAGCGAGCCACCCUGACAGCUGUCAUUGCUCCUCAGAUUGUCAGUGGCUGCUAUGUAGCAGGUGCAGCCUGCUCUCUUGCUAAGUCUCUACUCCACAAAGGCAACGACUGGCCAAGGCAGCGGCUGGCCCUGGAUUACACAAGUGUAGACACUCAACCAAGUGAGCUGGAAGACCCAGGGGAAGGCCAAGGCGCAGGUGCCCACAUGAUCAGCACAGCCAGGGUACCUGCGGAUAAGCCAGUACGCAUCGCCUUCAGCCUCGAUAAUGCCUCAGAUGAUACACCUCCUGAAGAUGCCAUUCCUCUGGAAUUUCCAGAAUUAGAACAGCAUCUACAGCCUCUGCCACCUUGUCAUGACUCCCCAGAAUCAAUGGAGGUGUUUAAACAGCACUGCCAAAUAGCGGAAGAAUACCAUGAGGUCAAGAAAGAAAUCGCUCUGCUUGAGGAAAGGAAAAAGGAGCUCCUUGCCAAGCUGGAUCAGGCAGAAAAGGAGAAGUUGGACGCUGCUCAGCUGGCUCGGGAAUUCGAGGCACUGACGGAGGAGAACCGGACGUUGAAGUUGGCCCAGUCACAAUGUGUAGAGCAACUGGAAAAGCUUAGAAUACAGUAUCAGAAGAGACAGGGCUCCUCUUAACUUUAAGUUAUUCAAUGUAAGCAUGAGAGGUUUGUGACUGCCAUGCAGUGGCCAAAAGAUUUUUAUUUUAAAGGGAUAGUGAAUAAAGCUAUUUCUUCUCUUUAUUACCUGCAUGGCAAACAUCUAUAAUGAGUUUAAUGCUGGCCAGAUCUAGUUUGAGAGAAGGGAUGUUUUAUUUUAAAUAAGAGAAUUAAAGCGAACCUAUUACCAGUAUAUGUUUUCAGAGAUCAUAAUUCUUUUCCAAAGAUAUUUUUUUUUCUUAUUUAGGAAGCUAUGAUCCUAUGGUACAUCUGGGUAGAAAAUGAUAAAAAUAGAAUAUCGACUGACUCCACUAAGAAGCAUGAGCCGAACAGAAUGAAGCCAUGAAACAAACCAGUGAGAUGCUCACUGCUGUUCCACCUCUGUGUAUUUUUAAAUUUCACAUCUUUGAUGUUUCAACUGUGCUCAAAUCUGAACCGUCAAAAACUUCCUUGCAUUUAUUUACAUUCGCCAGAGUUAGAUUUAAUCCCGCGAUGAUUGAUUGUACUAAGAAUAAAUGGUUAUAUAUCAUAAAGCUUUCUCAUGAAAAUAUUAGUAGAGAGCAUGUUUGUGCCAAAAGCACAUUUGCCAGUGCUAACUUGCUGUUGUAAUAAAAAGCUGAUGAGGCUGCA